AUGCGACAAUCGCACCCUUUCAACCUCCUCGGCGCCGCAUUCCUCCUCGUCGCGCUUGCUACGGCGCUCCCUGAUGGAGAUCAUGACAUGAAUAUGGACGGGGACAUGGACAUGGGCCAUAAAGAUACCAUGUCCAAGCCCGCCGAGGACUGGGCGCAGAGCUAUUUUGCCCUGGGCCAGCACUCUGGCUCCAUCCUAGCGCACAUUAUCCUCGAGGUCAUUUCCUGGUGCUUCAUUCUUCCUGUUGCUGUCAUGCUGAGCAUCGCACAUUCGCGAUACACCAUUCCCCUGCAGUUUGUCUUUCUGGCCGUCAACGCCGUUGCUCUGCUCUUUGGCACCAUCUACAACACCUCGACCCCAGACCUGUACGAGAACAACGCCCACCACAAGAUCGGCUGGAUCGCAACCUGGGUCGCGGGCGCCCAAGUCAUCAUCGGUCUUAUUUAUGCCUAUUCUGGCCGCGGCCGAUCCAAGUCCGGACCCGACUAUGAGCGCGCCACCUUCAUGCCUGUCUCGACGCAGAACAUGAUGGGCCACCAGCAGCUGUACUCGCCUGUGGGUGAGUACCGCUGGUCUGGCGACAGUGGCCAGGGGACUAGCUGCCCGGCGACUCCUGACGAGGAACGCUUUUCCAAACCAGAAGACGACGAAGAAGAUGUCGAGGUGCCGACUCCUCUUGCGCGCGGCUGGUUGCGCAGCGCCGCUUUGGACCGGUUCUUCACCAGCCGGGUCCCCAGUCUGGUGUCGAACCGCGCGCUCCGUGUGCUGCGUGUUGUUUACAACGUGAUUGAUCGUAUCAUCUUGCCGUUUGGCUUUAUUGCGGUGGCCUCGGGCGGUGUGACUUAUGGCGGCAUCUUUAGAGGACAAGGCAUUUUCAGCGGUUUGGCGCAUUUCAUCAAGGGCGGAAUUUUCUUCUGGUAUGGUCUCGUCGUCCUGGGCCGGUUUAUGGGCUGCUGGGCGAACUUUGGUUGGGCCUGGAACCUGAAGCCGGCCGAGUCGCGCGCUGUCACGGGAGAAUUUGUUGAAUCUGCCCUCAUCUUCACGUAUGGUUCUACCAAUGUCUUCCUGGAGCACCUCGGAGGAUGGGGCCAGGCGUGGACUCCUCAAGAUCUGGAGCAUGUGUCGAUCUCGGUCAUGUUCUUUGGCGCUGGAUUGUGCGGCCUGCUCCUCGAGUCGAAACGGGUCCGAAGCUGGCUGAAACAGAGCAUCAUGGGCAAGACAGCUGCUCCAGUUUCACAGCAAGCCGAGGAAGAAGAGACCAGCGGCGUAUCCUUUAACCCGAUGCCGCUACUAAUUAUCUUCUUGCUGGGCACGAUGAUGGGCGGCCACCACCAGCAACAAAUGGUGUCGACCAUGGUGCACAAGCAAUGGGGCAACCUGCUGUCUGGUGCUGCCAUGGCCCGCGCUGUGACCUACAUGAUCACCUACGUCAAGCCCCCGACGUCGUAUCUGCCGGCGCGUCCGCCAUCGGAGCUGGUCGGAGCGUUUUGUCUUAUUUCUGGCGGGCUCAUCUUUAUGCUGAGCGCUUCUGAUAUCAUGGACGUCAUGGUCUUUUACGAUCUCGACGCCAUGUUCACUUUUAAUGUGGCCGUCGGCGUGUCCUGCUUUAUCAUGGCCUAUGAAAUCCUCGUCAUCGCCGUCAAAGCCUGGGCUGUCAAGAAAGAGACAGUCCAGUACCACGCGCGCUCGUGGUCUUCUGCGUGA